UAAAGAUUUGGGGCUGUGUUUUCGGCAGUCUAUAAAAGAGACAGCCAGCUGCCGAACUACUUCAGUUUGCUCAUCUACAAAGCGAAGACAACUAACUUUUAUCGAAAUGAAUUUCUCCUGGCUCGCAGUCUUCAUUCUGGCCAUCAUUGCUGUGGCUGUUUCGGCCAAGCCCCAAUGCCCCACACCAUUCAAGAAUGAGGGCAACAAGUGCAUAACUAGCCGUACCAUCCGCGGCGAAUGCCCACACAAUUCCGAAUACAAAGCCAGUAUCAACAAGUGUGUCUACAAGUCCUAAACAAAAUGAAGUAACAUCUAAUCUGGCAAAAUCGAAUAAAAAUAAACUAAGAGAAACUUA